AUGCAAAAUACAUAAAUAAACAUUGAAUUGUAUAAAAGAAUGAAUAAAAAUACUCAAAAUUCACAUUAUGGAGGAUAAGGCAAAAUUACAAAAAUUAUAUGGAAGAAAGAUGUCAGUAUAAUUAAAAUAAAAAAGUUUUCAGUUAAUGCAAUUAUUGACUGUGAUACUAUAAUGAAGUAUAAAUAAAGAAUUAAGCAAUAUUAAAGAAUUUUUAUUGUCUAAUUAGUUAAAUUAUGA